UUAGGUACCUAACUGUUUUAUUUAAACAAGAUAAAGUAAAGUGUCUUGGACUCGAAAAGAAAUUUCAUUAAGGUUCGAGUAAUGUCUUUGGUCUCAUCUGUUAAAGUUAUUACUUUACGUGUGUUUUUAUAAUGGAGAAAGCUCUUAGCAUACAGUCUGGACUGGACUUUGUCAUAGGACAAGAAAUUCAGAAUGACGAAAAACGUGGCCCAGAAAAAUCUCUUACGGAAAAAUUAUCCAUAAUUUUCAAGAACAUCUCGGUGGAACCGGUUUUCUUUUUAUACCAACUUCCCAGUGUAAUGGCAGCUCUGUCCAUUCAAAAUCUCAACUUGGAAAAGGCAUGCAGAGUGAACCUUCAGAUGAACACGGAAACAUGCGACGCCUUGACAAUGAGAAAUGCUUCCGGUUACAAUGCAACCGAAGAAAUACAAGUUCAAAAACUUGUUGCGUCUAUGAAUGCUUGGAAAAACAUAAUACAAAGUUUACUUCCGUUAACAAUGCUUCUACUUCUUGGUUCUUACAGUGACAGGCACAAGAAACGAAAGUUGUGUAUACAAUUGCCAAUAAUUGGAGAAAUGUGUGCGACACUCAGUUUCAUUGCUUGUACUUAUUUCUUCUACGAACUUCCCAUGGAAUGUAAUGCAAUCGCAGAUUCGGUGCCACCGGCUCUUUUUGGAGGAUGGUUUACAUUUUAUAUGGGAGUUUACAGUUACAUAAGCGUCAUGUCGACCUUAGAAACUAGAACUUUACGAAUCGGGGCAACAAAUAUCGCUGAUAAAGUCAGUUUCACAAUUGGUAUAGCUUUAAGUGGUGUUCUGUACAGAAUUCUGGGAUUUUAUGGUGUUUUUGGGUUGGCUAUAAUUCUUUAUAUAAUAGGGAUAACAUACACCAUAUUCUGUUUAAAAGAAGUCCCUAGAGAUGACGUUCCUAAGAGGCAAGAACAUUUCUUAAAGGAUUUCUUCAAUUUUAAACACAUUAUGGGAACAAUAAGGGUAGCGUUCAAAAAGGGAGACAGGAAUAGAAAGAAACGCGUUUUGGGAAUAAUGGUGCUUGUUAUGGUCAUUAUAGGACCAGUGCAUGGGGAAAUAAGUGUGUCUUAUUUAUUCGUAAGGUACAAAUUUGGUUGGAACGAAGUUGACUACAGCCUUUUUCACACGUUCAUAGUCGUAAUGCAUAUGAUUGGAACCUUUUUCAGUUUAGCAUUUUUCUCUAGAUUUUUGAAACUCGACGAUACAGUUCUGGGUAUGAUCUCAAAUUUUUCAAAAUUUCUAGCAUGUUUUGUUUUUGCUUUUGCUCCCAAUUCAAAAAUAUUUUAUUUAGGUGCCGUUGUCGAAAUGUUGAACGGAACUUCGUUUAUUGCCAUGAGAUCUAUAAUUUCAAAAUUGGUACCUCCAGAUGAACUAGGUAAAAUUAAUUCUUUAUUUGGAGUGUGUGAAGCACUUAUGCCUUUAAUUUAUGGACCAAUGUACAGUUUAACAUAUAAAAUGACUAUAAACUGGUUACCAGGAUUUUUUUAUAUAUUAGGAGGAGUAUUAACACUGCCGUCUGUUUUUAUUUUCUUGUGGCUCUACACUGAACAUAAAAGGGACGAAAGGGAACUGUUAGAAAGAAAAGAAAUUGAGGAGAAGAAACCAUUUACGCAAGCAACGUGAGAUUAAGAUUAAUGAUUACCUAAUUGUAAUUUUAUGUUCACAAAAAUGUUAAAUUUAAUUCAAAUGAAAAUUUUCUUAUUCUAA